AUGCUUACAUCAGCUGUCAGAGGCUUUGACAGAAGGGCUUUGGGGUUUGGACACCGAGUCCAGUGUGCAGGUAUGGUGAGGCACAGCAUGAUGACUGAGCUACAUGCCUUCCAGCACUCUUUCCAGGAUAACUCCCUGGCUCUGGGCCAGGUGGGGCAGAACUGUGGGGGAAUUCAGGAGAACAGGAUCGCUUUAGAGCAGAGACAACAGCACCUUUCCCCAGGCCCAGCAGAAACUGAGAAGAGUCGUCCUGUGAACAUCCCAGAUGCAGCCAAAAGGAAGAAGAAGAAAAGAACCAGAGCAACAGACAGCUCCACAGGCACUUUUCAUGAUCUCUACAAACUGACAGAUGAGGUGCUUGGUCAGGGGGCCUAUGCAAAAGUUCAAGGGUGCACCAGUCUCCAGAAUGGCCAGGAGUACGCUGUGAAGAUCAUUGAAAAGAGUGCAGGGCACAGCCGGAGCAGAGUGUUCAGAGAAGUGGAGACUCUUUACCAGUGUCAAGGAAACAGGAACAUUUUGGAAUUGAUCCAGUUCUUUGAAGACAGCUCCUGCUUUUAUUUGGUGUUUGAAAAGCUGCGUGGAGGCUCCAUUCUUACACACAUUCAGAACCGAAAACACUUUGAUGAGCUGGAGGCCAGUAAGGUCGUCCGAGACAUUGCACAGGCUCUUGACUUCCUCCACACUAAAGGCAUUGCCCACAGAGACCUUAAGUUAGAGAACAUCCUUUGCGAGUACACUGAUCAGGUGUCUCCAGUUAAGAUCUGUGAUUUUGACUUGGGGAGUGGAGUGAAGCUCAGCAGCGCCUGUACGCCCAUUACAACUCCGGAGCUCACCACACCGUGUGGCUCUGCGGAGUACAUGGCUCCUGAAGUUGUGGAGGUGUUCACUGAUGAGGCCUCCUUCUACGACAAACGCUGUGACCUGUGGAGCCUCGGGGUCAUCCUCUACAUCCUGCUGAGCGGCAGCCCCCCUUUUAUAGGCCACUGUGGCACUGACUGUGGGUGGGACAGAGGGGAGACCUGCAGAACCUGUCAGAGUCACCUGUUUGAGAGUAUCCAGCAGGGCAAGUAUGAGUUUCCUGAGAAGGACUGGAGCCACAUCACAGAGGGAGCCAAGGACCUGAUAUCCAAGCUGCUGGUUCGAGAUGCAACCCUGCGCCUCAGUGCUGCUCAGGUUCUCAAGCACCCUUGGGUGCAGGGGAAUGCUCCAGAGAGAGGGCUUCCAACUCCUCGAGUUCUGCAGAGGAACAGCAGCACCAAAGACCUGUCUCAGUUUGCAGCAGAAGCCAUCGCCUUAAACCGGCAGCUCUCCCAGCAUGAUGAGCAACAGGAGGAUGUCGGUGCCAUUGUUUGCUCCAUGAGGCUUUCACCUCCUUCCAACUCUCGGCUGGCCCGCAGACGAGCACAGUCCAAUGCUCUGCGCUCCCAGGAUUUUGCACCUGCGUCAGACAACCUCGCUGCCUGAGGAACCAGUACAAAUCCCCUUGUCAUGACUGGUUUGAGCCUCUGCCUGAUCCUUUGUUUCUAUUUUUGUUUUUAAAGGGAACCGUUCAGGAUCAGCCUCACUGUAUCACAAGUGACUAGCUGCUCUUGGUGUUAAAACUCUUCCAUGGCCAGUUUUCUUUAACCUCACAGAGUUUAACCACUAAGGGCCAGUUAAUUCAUGGCUAGAUACUUUUAAAUGAAUUUUGAAAAAGUUAAAAUCUUGAGGUUCUUUUAGUACUUAUUUUAUGCUGCCUGAGUUUUUCAAAGAGAACAAUUUCAUUUUAGAAGCGCUUCAGUUUUUUUUAGUAAAUCUUCUCAGAUUAAUUUAUUUUCUAUUGAGUAGUGCUUAAAUUUGCAGCAAGCCAAACAACUCUUAAUGCCAAGUAUUUAUCAGUACAUAUCAUUGUGAGCAUGGCAUUACAUACUGUAGGUUCAGCCUCAGUUUUGCAGCUGUUGCUGGCCUAAUGCAAUAUCAUCUAUUUAUAAAACAGAUUUUAUUUUUCUUGUCUGACUGUGAAUUUGUUAAUAUAUCGAAAUGCUCCUUUUAACUUCUCAGUCACUGGAGAAAGAUGAAGAGCUGUAUCAUAUAUAUUUUUCCCUUUUCUAAGCACAUCAGUGUUAGCAGUUUGAUGUAAAUGGAUAAAUGUUGUUUAAAGAUUAAAUAAUGAGCUACAUUUUAAAGUUAGGAUGCGAUCUGCAGAGAAGAUGUGGCACUUCUUUUCUCACAACUCUGUUCCUCACACUGCUUCUGCGCCUCUCCCUACCCUCCAUCAGUGUUUCUGAGUGCAGCUAUAUGUAGGACUGAUUUCUGUUCAGAAGUGUAUUCCAAAGAUGAUUUAGUUAUUAUUUUUUCUCAAGUAUUUCUGACCAAACAAAGUAUUUUAUUUGGUUUGGAAAGUCCUUUAGUUUUAAACUUUAGUCUUCAUACAGUUCUUUCUUCUCCCCUCCCUCUUUAGGGCUAACAGAUCGAGGGGUUCAUGGGAAAAUAACAUAUGAAACAUGCUUUAGCGUCAGAGUGAAACAUAAACAAGCUAAAAGAAGAGUGCUCCCUCCUGUUUGAUCACAGAGCUGAGAACAACAAACCCAGACAGAGUUUGACUUCACUCUUUAUGCUUAUACUCUAUUUGCAUGUAUAUGAAGCAACCACAAGAUACCUGUGCUCUACAGAAAGAAUAAGCACUCAGCAAAGAAGUCCCUAAACACAGUUAAAUCUCAUUCGCCACCACAGAUGUACUCACAUACUUCUAGGUUGAGGUGGGCUUUAAAAACUAUUUAAUCUCAGCCCAGCUGUUCUGUUGUAAUUGUACCCAGGCAAGUUAAGAUCAUACAUUUUUAUAGUUUCUAACAAUAUACAUCAGAUUUGUCAACAUUUUCUUAAAUUCCACCAUUUUGCAAAGCACAGUAUUCUUCACUGAUGGCUUCACUGCUCAGCACUUCCCCAACGAUUACUGGUAAUAUUGCAUGGGAAUGCAAAAUAUUAGCAUGAUAUUGGUGUUGGAAGAUAUUAGCUUAAAAAGCUAAAUGACUGUAUAGGCAGACCUGAAAAUUUCUGCCGUUAUUGACAGCUGUUGUAUCGGCCAUACAUACUGGCAGUAUUGAUCAUAUAUUGGUCUUUAAUAUCGGCAGAAUAUACCAAUGUACCAUCAGGUACAGGUGAUUGCCUAGAGCAGUGGUUCUCAAUUUGGGGAUCCAGACACUGAGAGAGGGUCGCAACAUCCUUUCCAAAAGAGUAUAAUUUACAGUGAUUUCAAAUUGUGUAUUUUAUAAAAAUAUAUGCAUGAAAUUAGUUAAAUGUAAAAUAUAAACCUUGUCAUUUGGUGAGAUUUAUGCUAAAGUCAAAUGAAUGUUGCAAAAAAAUCUUAAAAUUGCAAGUCUGCACAUGACUGUGCAUGGCUGUGUUCAACUCUGUUUCAACCACCUUCACGUACAGAGGGGGUCCCCGGUCCCUGGCCCCUUUAUUUUGUGAGUUGGCGACCAACAAGUUUGAGAACCCCUGUCCUAGAGCACUACAGAGGGAGGCCCACUGUGAGCCCUUAAAAUUCAGAAUAAAGCCCCCAAAGCAAAACGACUACUAAACAGUCUACUUCUCUGCUCUCUCACCUUCACCUGACUCAGCCACUCUGUGCAGAAGAGACAACUGGUGUUUUUACACCAAAAAGGUGUGUAUAUACUGGCAUUGGUAUUGGCUAAAAUGAGUUUGGAAAUAUCCAAAUCCAGUAACAUGCAUUCCUUGUAUUUCAGCAAUUAGUCCAUAUCUGUAAGCUUUUAGAGAAUGUGCAGAUAUACAGACAACACGAGUAUGGGGACUGAACAUGGAGCAUAAAUUAAUCUGUAUGUAACAACAUAUUUUUGAGUAUUUUUGAUCUCUGCUAUUCUGAUGUCUAAAGUGUUCCAUCUUAUAAUUUUAUGCAGAGUGUUAACUUUCUCUAUUUAACUGAAGUCUGUCUCAAACUCAGAAAGCGCUGGAAGGUGUUAGGUUGGUAGAGAGGAACCUUUGAUCAAAAUACUUUUUAUUUAUUUCUCAUUAUUUAACCUUAACACAAGCUACCUGUAGCACUGAUGUACUUUAAAUUAAGUCAAUUACUUGGUUUGUCUGAAAUGGAAAGCAUUUUAUUGUAAAAGAUGUCUUUGGUUCAGAAAUGUGAAUUCAGCACCUACAGUUAAAUCCAUCUUUAAGGGUUUUUAAUCUUUUAUCCUCAUGAGAGUCCAACUUUAUCUCAGGCUCUUUGUUUGCACAUUUUGUACUGAUAUGAAAUGCAACACCAUCCAAAAAAUGGCUCAGUUUCUUCAAGUCAUCAUCAGAGUGUUUGUUGUGUGAAUGACUGGAAAUAUAAGGAUUUCUUUUAUGGUUGUAUGUUGAAAGGCAUUGAAAGAGGGAUUGUGACUUGGUGCUACACUUGAGAUGGAGGAUUCUGGUUUCGAAGGGAUUUAUUUUUGUACGAUAAUGGUUGCUGUAAUUUUUGCAUUUUUAGUUAUGAAUGUUUCUGUAGAAGAAAAAUGGACUGUAGGUUCUCUCUUCAGUUUAAGUUGCUUAUUUGCUUUAGAUCCUUGUUUUUUUUAACAGAAAUAUUUUUACUUUUUUAUUUGUUGCAUUCAUUAAUGAUCCUGUCAAUGUGAGUGGUAGCACUGAUGGCAGUCUAUCACUUUUAUUUCCCCUGACCCUGUUAACUUAAUGUCUUACCUGUGAAAUUACCCACCCCUGAUUUCACAUAGUUGCCAUGGACACCCCAUCCCUAUAGCAACUAAGGUCCGUCAUGAUGCACUGGCAGGGAUUGGAUCUGCUUGCAGUGAAUAAACACAUUAGGAAGCAACCACUUGCUAUGUUAAAGCCCUUCAGCUCCCAUUAUGAAUGAUCAAAGGAUGUGUUUGUCUCCAAACCCAUCAACCUGUAAUGGCAUCAGAUGAGAUACUGUAAUUGGUGUGCAAUUAUGGAGUCCCACUGAAAUUAGUCAAAGCUCUUAUGGGGUCUUAUGAGUGAAGCUCUGAAUGAAGAGCAUAUUUUCAGUGGUCUGCUGUGUUGUCAAUAAAAAAUAUCCUCAUCAUAA